AUGGGCACUGAUGAGGCUGCAGUGAUGGGCACUGAUAGGCUGCACUGAUGGACACUGAUAGGUGGCACUGAUGAGGAAGCACUGGUAGACAGGGGCGGACUGACAACUCAUGGGGCCCCCGGGCAAUAGGGGAUCAUGGGGCCUUGCCCAAACUCAAAAAAGCCUACAAAAAAGGUACCAGGGGCAUCUCAUGGGGCCCCCUACUGACCCCGGGCCCUCUGGAAGUGCCCGAGUUUCCAAAUGGUCAGUCCGCCCCUGCCCC